AUGGCUUAUACUGCCAAGAAGUUAGCCAGACUCUAUAUCUGUGAGAUUGUUAGAUUGCAUGGUGUUCCUAUUUCUAUCAUAUUAGAUAGAGAGAAGGUGAAAUCUAUACGGGAGAAACUUCUAGCAGCUCAGAGCAGGAAGAAGGAGUAUGUUGACCGGAAGGUCAGAAACUUGGAAAUUAUGGAGGGAGAUCAAGUAUUGUUGAAGGUUUCACCCAUGAAGAGUGUGAUGAGGUUUGGUACGAGAGGUAAGCAUAUUCUGAGGUAUAUUGGGACGUUUGAAGUUCGUAAGCAUGUGGGAGAGGUGGCCUAUGAAUUGACUUUGCCUCCAGUCUUGUCAAGACUGCACCUAAUGUUUCAUAUGUCUAUGCUGAAGAAAUAUCAUGGUGAUGGGAACUACAUUAUACGCUGGGAUACGGUCCUGCUUGAUGAGAAUUUGUCUUAUGAAGAGGAGCAUGUAGCUAUUCUAGAUAGUGAGGUCCGCAAGUUGAGGUCAAAGGAGAUUGCUUAUGGGAAGGUUCAGUAG